CUCAUAGCGACGUCUCAUCCUCCAUCUUCUCUGAAUAGUGCAUCUGCACACCUACAUCUGUGCAAAACCGCAAAAUGCGUGAGUGUAUCUCCAUCCAUGUGGGUCAAGCUGGUGUCCAGAUCGGCAAUGCCUGCUGGGAACUUUACUGUCUUGAGCAUGGGAUCCAGCCGGAUGGACAGAUGCCCAGCGAUAAGACGGUUGGCGGAGGAGACGAUUCCUUCAACACUUUCUUCAGCGAGACCGGAGCGGGCAAACAUGUGCCAAGAGCUGUGUUCGUCGAUCUGGAGCCCACUGUGAUUGAUGAGGUUCGCACUGGAACUUACAGCCAACUUUUCCACCCUGAGCAGCUGAUCACUGGAAAGGAGGAUGCAGCAAACAACUAUGCCCGCGGCCAUUACACUAUCGGAAAAGAAAUCAUCGAUCUCGUUCUUGACAGGAUUCGCAAACUGGCCGACCAGUGCACUGGACUCCAAGGCUUCUUGGUUUUCCACAGCUUUGGAGGAGGAACCGGUUCCGGCUUCACCUCUUUACUGAUGGAGCGCCUCUCUGUCGACUAUGGCAAGAAAUCCAAGCUGGAGUUCUCCAUCUAUCCGGCUCCGCAGGUGUCUACAGCAGUGGUGGAGCCCUACAACUCCAUCCUCACCACCCACACCACCCUGGAGCACUCGGACUGUGCUUUCAUGGUGGACAACGAGGCCAUCUACGACAUCUGCCGCAGAAACCUGGACAUCGACCGCCCAACAUACACCAACCUCAACAGGCUAAUAAGCCAAAUCGUGUCUUCAAUCACAGCUUCCUUGAGAUUCGAUGGCGCGCUCAAUGUUGACCUCACAGAGUUCCAGACCAACUUGGUGCCAUAUCCACGUAUUCAUUUCCCACUGGCGACGUAUGCUCCAGUGAUUUCUGCUGAGAAAGCAUGCCACGAGCAGCUUUCAGUGUCUGAGAUCACUAAUGCAUGCUUUGAGCCGGCUAAUCAGAUGGUGAAAUGUGACCCGCGCCAUGGUAAAUACAUGGCCUGCUGUCUUCUGUACCGCGGAGAUGUCGUACCCAAAGAUGUAAAUGUUGCUAUCGCCGCAAUCAAGACCAAGCGCAGUAUUCAAUUUGUGGACUGGUGUCCGACUGGUUUCAAGGUUGGCAUCAAUUAUCAGCCUCCCACUGUUGUCCCGGGUGGAGAUUUGGCAAGAGUUCAGCGUGCCGUCUGCAUGUUGAGCAACACCACUGCUAUUGCCGAAGCCUGGGCUAGGCUUGAUCACAAGUUUGACCUGAUGUAUGCUAAACGUGCCUUUGUGCACUGGUACGUAGGUGAAGGAAUGGAGGAGGGCGAGUUCUCGGAGGCCAGAGAGGACAUGGCUGCUUUGGAGAAAGAUUACGAGGAAGUCGGUGUAGAUUCAGUGGAAGGAGAAGGAGAAGAGGAAGGUGAGGAGUAUUAGAUUUGGUCCACUUCUCUGUGGAAUAAACAGGGUUCCCACGCUUCUUGAAGGUCUCAUUGAAAUUAAAAAGAACGUUUUUUUUAGAUGUUAGUAACAGUAUUGUUAAUUUUAGGGAUAUUUAUAGGCUAGUGCGCUCCAAAAUUUGUGAUUAUAAAAAAACAAUAUAAACAGGUAAAACUUGGUGUUUGUCACUUUCACCCAAAUGGAUUAAGGAUUUAUUCUGACAUCGCCUCAUGCUUCAGUUCCUUAAAUCUUCUGACCAAUAAAAUGCUCUUAAGAAUCUGACAUGCCCCACCCCCUUCUUCUCAUUUGCUUUUCAUUUGAUGCACUUGAGCUUAAACACUCUCACUGGCAGAGCUGUGAUAAAACAAAAUGCUAUUGGCUGUUUUUAAAAAAAAUCAGAGGAGCUACUUUUGGUUAAGAUUGUCAAACAUCGAAUAAAAAAUUCAAAGCACUUCACGGGACCUUUAAAAGUGCUUGAUUUUCAGACACAUGGAUUCAAGGCGUGGAAAGACCUUAAAAACAAACACAGGUCCUUAACAAGUGCUUGAAUUAAUUUUAUUUCGAAAAAUUUUACUUAAUUGUCAAAAGCAGAAUGAAAGAAACUGAGAAAUUUUUAAUCCUAAAUUUAACACUUGUACAAUAACACUGACAAAUAAUGCACAUUUGAACUGUAUUUCACAGUAUCGAAUUGAACAAAUUUGAUCAAAUUUCUUUAAACACGACUGUUUAAAACGGUAAAAAUGUUUGGAAAUUACCUAAUUAAUUAAUUGAGUUUUAAUGUAAAUAUUAAGUGUAAGUGAAAUGUUAAGUACACCACAGACUACUGGUGCUACAUAUGCUGGCCAUAUCUGUCAACAUUGGGAUAAAAAUACGGGAUCCGUAAUGCUUCAAAUCCAAAUGAUAGAAUACAUAGCAAACAUUAGAAAACUAAAAAUAAAAUAAAAGGUUUAGCCUAUUAAAAUCAAUAUUUACAAAUAUUGAUUAAAGUUACUCUAGUUAUUUAGUAUUGAGCAGCGAAUGUCUCAUUUUGAUCACUGUCACUUUAAGAAUCCACAGAUCUAUAAUGAAAGCAUGUGAUUACAUUUGUAAUCAAAACUCAUUUAACUCAUUGUUUAAAAACAGCCAAAUACCAGUGUCCACUUUCACUCCUUUUCAAAUCGCAUGUACAGUAGCUGAUCUGGGAACAGUGUCUUUAUUAUUAGGGAGCGCGUCUGUCAGUCAGCACUAGACACCGUUAUUGAUUCAGAGGUUGCAUAUGAAGGGCAAUGGUCAACGCAGAGCUUUAAUGGAAAUAAAGUAAAUGCAGCUAAUUUAGUAUUAAUUUCAACGUGCUUUCAAGCCAAUAUAAAGAGAAAGUAUAAUUCUCUUUAACAGCUCUUGCCAUUAAAUCCCAUUUGAGACCUCCUCUCUGAUGCUACUUUAGGUUUUCAUAUAUAGAAAAAAUAAAAAUAUGGGGAAAUGUGCGGGAUAUAAUGGUAAAAUAGAGGAGAAUCCCAGCAAAAAUGGAGGGGGUUGACAGGUAUGCAGGGGUAUGAAUUAUUAAAGGUGCUUGAUUUAAAAUUAAGAAGUCCUUGAAAGACUUUAAAUCUGCUGUUCAUGAAAGCGUGGGAACCCUAAAUAAAAACAAAUAGCUGGUAGCCUCUUGACAGAUUGCUUCGCUAGCUGAAGAAAAUGCCAAGUGAUGUAAUGGUUGUGUUUGUCCCUGAUCAACAUAUAGCAAAAGCGGUAACACUUUAGUUUGAGUAACAAUUCACACUAUUAAUUACUGGCUUAGUACCUGCUUAUUAAUAAGAUAUUAACUGUUAUAAAGUGUGAUCUUAUUUAACCCCUAAUCCCAGCCAAUACCUAAAUCCAACUACUAACAUACUAACUAUUAAUAAGCAGCUAAUUAGUAGUUUAUUGAGCUGUAAGUCUUAGUUAAUGGUUUGUUAAUAGCGUGAAUUGUACAUUCAAAUAAAGUGACCGCAAAAGCUAAUUGUGAAUAUUACUGUGCCUAUUUUGGUGUAAAGUACUCAAUAAAAUGAACCAGUAAAUAAA